GCAAAGCGAAUUUCUGUGUGAGUUUAUUGUUGUAAAUUGAGAGAACUGUUGUUAUAUUAUUUUGCAUUUUACUACAAAUUUUACUGUCAAAUUCCUAUGGUCGCAAAAUCAAAGUUUUAAUAAAAUCAAGUUUUUGAGCUCUCAUAACCAGGGCAUAAGAUGGCAGAAACAGCAAAUGGCGAUGAGCUGGUGGAAAAAGUUGUGGAAGUGACGGCUUGCAGUCCAGACGAGGCCAAAUAUUUUCUUGCGGCCUGUGCCAACGAUGUGGAUGCAGCAGUGGCUCUUUUCUUCGAGCAAGGUGCAGCCGGAGCCUCGUCGGCGUCUGGAUCGGGUGCCGCAUCAUCCAAUCCUGUGCUAAAUGCCAACGGCGAGGAGGAAGUACGCGCUCCAAUAGCACCAGUAAGGGAACAGCUUCUUUUGCCCGAAGAUGAUAAUUUUAUGGCGGCAGGAUCCAGUAGUAAUCGCCUGUCCCGUGACACCCAAAGAUUUAAGGUCUGCCCAUUUAGGGACUUUGCUCGCGAAGGUGCCCUCCUGGAGGAACAGUUACAGGCCACUGGUGUAUAUUCUGAUCCAAAUGCUCAUCGGCGUCGUCGCGAUCGUGCUGCCCAAAUGGUGAUGGCCAGCAGCAGCAGCGGCGCCGCUGGUUCCAGUCGAUCAGCUACAUCCCGCUUAGGAGAUCUCUUUCGCCCGCCCACAGAUAUAUUGUACGUAGGCUCAUUAAUGGCUGCUCGUGACCAUGCCACCAAGCGGCAGCGUUGGCUACUGGUUAAUGUCCAGGGCAAUGAUUUUCAAUCACAUACCAUGAAUCGUGAUGUCUGGUCGAACAAGGACUUGAAGAAGCUGGUGCGCCGUCAAUUCAUUCUAUGGCAAGUGGACGACGAUACACCCGAAGGUCAGCGUUUUGUGGCCUUCUAUCACUGUGCCAAGAUGCCCUAUUUGUGCAUUGUUGACCCAAGAACUGGUGAGGAAGUUUGGCGUAGCCCCGAACCGAAACAGGAGAAUGUUCUACCAGACUUAAAAGAAUUUUUACGCGAGCAUCGUGACUUUGACCAGACCUCGGAUGCUCCCACCACUUCGAAGCGAGCCGUUCCAGUGGACGACGAUGAUGACGACGAUGUUGAAGAGGUCUUUGCGACCACACCUAAAAAACGCGCCAAGGUCUUGGAGCUCACAGAGGAAGAGCAACUCGAGUUGGCAAUCAAGAAUUCCAUGAAUGAGAAUGGCCAAGCCGCAUCUGGUCAAAAUAAUCAUUCUUCUAGCAAUUGUGAAAGUCUCGAUGGAUUCGAUGACGAUGAUAUUCAAGAUGUUGUGGCCUCCACAUCAUACGAGUCCCAAUUGGGUCAGGCCACAACAGAAUUAACGGCCCUUAAAUUGCGUCUACUCAAUGAGUCUGGCACAGAUGAAGUAGUCCAGCUGCGCUGGCCCUCCGAUACCAAGCUACAGACCCUCCGCCUCUACAUUAAGCAAACGCACAAGCACAUCCCCUCGGCGGAGGAUGGUUAUAAGCUCAUCUGCGCAUUUCCGCGCAAAUCUCUUGAAUCAGAGCACAAUCAGGCCACAUUGAAGGAGCUCGGAUUGCAUCCCUCAGCCAACUUGCAUCUCACUUUGGAUGAUUAAAUAAUAACAACAGCAUAGCAUAUUUAUUUCCAAAUAUUUGUCAUCUAUGUAUGUCCUGUCCUGUCUCUGGCC